CGCGUUUGUGUUGAAAUAUUUUAUCUGUUAAUCAUCCGUUAAAAAGUCAAACGGACUUCUUCGAAAACGAGUUAUUUUAAAAAUGUGACGUGUCGUACGUAUAAUGCACCGGACUGUUUCAUCUGAUAUUACUCGAUAAAAGUUAUCGUCGAACGUGAUUCGUAGGCCACUUUUGCUCACGAUUAUUAUUAAUGGGCUCAAGUGAAAGCGCUGCUGUGCCGAAGACGCGUGAAAGCAUCUACGUCGAUUGAUGCGGGAGACGAGUUGCGCGCCCCGUUAUCACACUUAAUGCAAUUAAAGGAUUGAAGAUGGAACGUAUUGUUACAACUGUACGAUAGUCUUUUGCGAUACGUUGACAAUACCCACGAAGCUUGAACGAAACAUGAGAUUCAACGACAAAGAGCUCGCGGAAGCGAGUUGCGGACCCGCGGAUCUCGAAGGGCGUCUGAAUCACAAGCGGGCUCAUAAGUCAGUAUUUAAAGAAAAAUGGUUCAAGCUGAGGUACAAUCUGCUGUUUUAUUUCAACAUCAAUGAUUUGGGACAGAUUGACAGAAGACAACCUGCUGGUGUUAUUAUUUUGGAGAAUUAUAGUAUCAAUAUAGACAAUUCAUCUGAGGGAGCAUUUGCAUUUAGUAUUUCAUUUCGUGAUGAGCAUGAGAAACGGCAUGUAUUAAGCGGUCGAUCAGAAUCUCAAGUAGAACAGUGGAUUCAUGCGCUUAAGCAAGCGAGUUAUGAAUAUUGGAGAUCACGCUUAAUUAUGCUUCAAGAAAGAUUGUGCAAGAAAACAGGUAAAGAUCCAUUACUUAUGUAUCCUAGAAAUCAGGGUGUUGUACGAGAUGAGGCUUGGGAAUCUGCCUCCAGCUUCAGAUCUCAUGUACGUUCAUUUACAACAUCAGUUACAUCGUCCACAUUGGACACAAUAACAAGGGAAGUUAAUCUAAUAGACCUUUAAUACAAAACAAAUUAGGAUAAUUAAAUUACAUCAUUUGCUUUCUGAAAUUUGUAUUUUAGAGAAACGUGCAUAAUAGAUGCCACAUAGUUUAUGCCUGUCACUUGAGCAAAUUUCAGAACUUCAACCAGCAUAUAAAGCUUUAAUAACAUAUAUAAUUUACAUGAAUCUAUGUCGGAUAAAAUACAAAGAAAAAUAGGAACAUUAGAGUUAGAAAUACAUUUACUUUAUUAACACAAUAUUUUGUUUAAUACAACAUAAUAUAGUGUUUUUAAUUUUAAAAAGAUUAAAAAUAUGCAAAAAAUUGUUUUUUUUUCUAACAAAGCAAAGAAUAUUACGAAGCACAAGAAAAGACCAACUAUGAUAUCAGUUAAAAUAAUAAUCUAAAUAAACUACAUAAUAAAAUAGUAUAGAAGCAAAAUAUAAAGCCAUUUGCAAAAUAUA